AUGGAAUACUUCAACUUCGGUACCGAUUUUGAUACAUACAAGAGUUCCUACGAAGUGUUGAUUGGUUACAUCAUUGAAUCAACAAGAGAUCCAUUGCUUUCAGGAAUAGAGCGGGGCUGUAAUCUGUUUGUCGUGCAUCAAGAUGCAAUCGCAAGCUUCAUGGAUGAGUUUAUUGAAUGCCAUGACAAGGCUACUUACAGGGAUUCUAACAAAACCAUUUUAAAUUUGACGAACAGAGUCAAAUUGAACUCGUUGAACUAUGCUAAUAAUCUAAUAAUUCUAAACUCAACUGCCAAUUUCGGAUCGAUUGAACUUUGGACCCAUCGUUAUGUUGGAAAUGCUGAUGAGUCCACCGAUUUCUUCCUCCUAGAUAUCUUUAAUGUCGUAAACCAAACCUUUCGUUAUGAGAAACAACUCUUUCCUGAUAAAACCACCAAUCUUCAUGGAAAGUCGAUUCGAGUGGCAUCCUUCAAUAUCGUUCCACAUGUCAUUCUGCGGAAAAGUGAGUAUAGUGAUCCACUUGUGAAAUCAGGCAAUCAAUCAUACCAAAUGGGUGGAUUCGACGGUUUGAUGAUGGUGGAGUUCUGCCAACGUUACAAUUGCUCGGUAGAAAUGAGAAUUGAUGCAGUAAACAUGUGGGGAAGAAUCGAAACAAACAAAACCAGCAACGGUAUUCUUGGGAAUCUGGCGGAACGGCAAGCUGAUGUUGGAUUCGGAGGGUUAAUAGGCUGGCAUGUUCCUGUAUGGAUCUUGUCCAUUGUUGUUUUCAUCGUUGUUUGGUACAUGCAUCUUCUAAUGAAUCGACUGAAUCAAACCGAGAUAGUCCAACAGGAAUUCGCUCAGAGCUUCAUGAAUUUGUUGGCAAUUUUUCUCAUGCAAGCGGCUAACAUUCGGAAGCAGAAUGUUUCAGACGUGAUUUUGUCGGUGGCACUAUUGUAUUACGCUUUUAAUUUAGUUAGCAUUUACUCAAGUAGAAAUGCUAGCUCGAGUACAGUUCUACUUUUUGGGGUAUCCAUCGACACCGCCGAAGACCUAGCCCAAAGUGGUCUCAUAUGGUUGCAGACGCACGAUGCUUGGGUAUUCUCAUUGAUAUUAACAGAAAAUCCAACAAUCAAAAUACUGGUAUCCAUGUUUCGAGGCAAGCCUCCAUCAGUGCUGCGAGAAUUAGCCGACCAGGGCGAUGUUGCGUUCGCAAUUGGGCGAUUGAAUGAUGAUCAUCUUAUGAUCGGUGACUGGAUCACUGCAGAAAACGUUCACAACUAUCAACUUAUGAAAGAAGAGCUGUACUAUGAUACCGAAAUUGCUAUGGCCACUAAAACGUGGCCUCUGAUGGAACGGUUCAAUUUGCUGAUAAUGCGAACUGCGGAAGCUGGAGUUUGUCACUACCAAGGAUUGAAAGUUCUUGAUGAAAACAACGGUUAUUACAUUCAAAUUGCUGCCUCCAAUUCUCGUUUGACAAAAUCGAACGCACCUCGCGCUCGCAAUUUAAAUGAUCUUCUUGGAGGGUUCUUCCCUCUAGGUGUCGGAUUAGCUGUCGCUAGCAUUGUGUUUGUGAUCGAGAUAUCCCAAACGAAAUUGAAACAUGAUAUAAGACGAAAAUAA